AUGUCGAGCCCCAGCGCGAAACGCGGCUCGGUCCCAAAGAAGAGCGCUUUUUCAUGUGACGUCUGUCGCAAGCGGAAGGUUAAGUGUGAUGGUGGGCAUCCCGUUUGUAACAGGUGUAGGAUCCGUGGCGACGUGUGUAUUUACAAGCUUUCUCCGAGUUUGUCGUAUACGCAGCGGUUAGAGCAAAGAGUUGCAGAACUCGAGGCUUUGCUUGCAGGCUCCAAAGCUGCGUCAAGCGACUCUCCGCCCGACCAUGUUUCAGAAAUACCAUCUCUCACAUCGGGUGUCCUUCCAUAUCCCGUGAUAGCGAGAGCUACUGAGUCUUUGAGGGUUGAAGAAGAUGCAGGAGUGUCGUUCCCUGAGUCCACGAGCCUUUUCCAGCUUCCUAGUAGUAUCCGGACACACCACAUAGGUCAGGACCAAUUGGAUCAAGAGAUGACUGUUAAGAAGCAGAGCUUGAUCAACAAUGCAUGGCGCGAGAGAGCGUUUGAAAAGCUUGCGGAUACGCCUGAGCCCUAUCGAUCUCUCAUAGAUUCUCAUUUCUGCUGGAUCCAGCCACUCUUCAAUUUCAUUUACCGGCCUGCCUUCACACGCGAUAUGAAGACUGGUGGACCUUACUUCUCACAGGCACUACUAAAUGCCGUGCUCUCACAUUCGGUCCGAUGGUGUCGUGGCGAGUCGGGUAUGGAACAAUUACUCGCCCCUUUUGACGCUGGAGCAGCUUUCUCCAAAUGGGCAGUUGAAGAUCUUUUCAGAGAUAUUCAACAUGGAAACAGCAAAAUCCCUACCGUUCAAGCUCUUCUAUUACUUAGCGCUCAACAAUGCGGUUGUGGUAACCGUACUCAAGCUUGGCUAUACAGUGGCAUGGCAUUCCGACUGAUCGACGAUAUAGGUAUCUGCGUCGACGGUAAGCGAUACGCAGAUGUAGGGCAUUUUUCCACUGAAGAUAUUGAAGUGCGCAAUCGCUUGUUCUGGAGUUGUUACUUCUGGGACAAGCUCAUAUCCCUGUACUUUGGCCGGGCUCCCAUGAUUCAAAAUUCCGAGAUCAGUCCACCACGAGUGCUAAUGGAUGACACAGCGGAAAUUGAACCCUGGGUCCCCCAUGGGCUCCCUUCUGUCAGCUAUCGACCAAGACAGGCUCAUUCAAUCUCGUGUUUCAUCCAGAUGUGUAGUCUGGCAGAAAUCUUGAACCAGAUAUUGAUACAUUUAUACAAUCCUUCCCACGAGCUUCCCCCCAGUAAUGCAUACCAAUGUGCAAUCUUGGAAGGCUCCAAAUUGCAAGAUUGGUGGCGAGAUCUUCCCGAACAUCUAAAGAUCAAUCUUGCGGAGAUGCAGUCAGAUUGUCCGCCCAGCCACAUUGUUACCCUCAACAACAUCUGUCUCUAUCAUACGAUAAACAUUUUACUGAAUCGCGCAAAACUUAAAUUGAGCAGGGAGUCUGGCUUGGCGAGCGCCAUGGCUGAUCGUAACCCGCUGAUUCAUUGCGUGUCAUCUGCGACAUCCAUCAUUGCAUUGUAUAGUUUGUACAAGCGCGCUUUUGGUGAAGGUCAUAUUAUCCUGAGCCUGGCGUACAGUGUCUACACCGCGGCUUCAAUAUUCUUGUUAGAACUCCAGGCGAUCGGCCACAGCGCACCAAAUACACUUGAAAGACUCAAUUUCUGCAUAGAUGCCUUGGGGCGUCUGAGGGAGACAAACCCAGGCAAGUAA